AUGUGCCAGCCCAGGGCCCUGUCUGAUGGUGGUGAUAAAGCCACAGACCCAAGUAUGUCAGAACAGGACUGGUCAGCUAUCCAGAAUUUCUGCGAGCAAGUGAAUACUGAUCCCAACGGGCCAACACAUGCGCCCUGGCUGCUGGCCCACAAGAUCCAGUCUCCACAAGAGAAGGAAGCUCUCUACGGCUUAAUGGUGCUGGAGACAUGUGUGAACCACUGUGGAGAGAAGUUCCACAGCGAGGUGGCCAAGUUCCGCUUCCUGAAUGAGCUGAUCAAAGUGUUGUCCCCAAAGUACCUCGGGUCCUGGACCACAGAAAAAGUUAAAGGAAGAAUCAUUGAAAUACUUUUCAGUUGGACAGUCUGGUUUCCAGAAGAUAUCAAGAUUCGAGAUGCUUAUCAGAUGCUGAAGAAACAAGGUAUCAUAAAGCAAGACCCUAAACUACCCAUGGAUAAAAUCUUGCCUCCACCUUCUCCCUGGCCCAAGAGCUCCAUCUUUGAUGCUGAUGAAGAAAAGUCAAAGCUUCUGACCAGGCUUCUGAAGAGCAACCACCCUGAGGAUCUUCAGGCCGCGAACCAGCUGAUCAAGACUUUGGUGAAGGAGGAACAAGAAAAGUCAGAGAAGGUGUCCAAGAGGGCCAGUGCUGUGGAGGAAGUGCGCAGCCAUGUGAAGGUGCUGCGGGAGAUGCUGAGCGCGUCCCGCAGGCCCGGGCAGGCGCCCCCGGACCAGGAGGCGCUGCAGGCGGUGUACGAGAGGUGCGAGAAGCUGCGGCCCACCCUGUUCCGGCUGGCGAGUGACACCACCGACGAUGACGACGCACUCGCGGAGAUUCUCCAAGCAAAUGACCUCCUCACCCAAGGAGUCCUGCUAUACAAACAGGUGAUGGAGGGCCGUGUCAUCUUUGGGAGCACCGUGGCCAGUUCAGUAGGAGACAUACCUGUCUCCAGAGUCUUUCAGAAUCCAGUGGGCUCCAUGAAGAACUGCCCACUGAUUGACUUGGAUAUGGACAGUGGGUCUGAGCAGUCUGGGACCGUAGCACCAUCUUUACUUCACCAAGACCUGGCAGCCUUAGGAAUCAGUGAUGCUCCACUUACCAGCAAGGUUGCUGCGCAGAAUUUUUGCAAGGAAAAGAAUCCCACUGCCAGUCCCCUGCAAGGUGAUGGUGUCGAGCGCUCUUCUGCGGAGAGGAACUUACUGGAUCUCCUCUCCCCGGAGCCGUGUCCAGCCCCACUGAAUUAUGUCUCACAGAAAAGUUUUCCCAAGGAGGUGCCACCAGGUACUAAAUCCUCUCCAGGUUGGUCCUGGGAGGCUGGCCCACUGGCUUCUUCAUCUUCCCAGAAUGCACCUCUGGCUCAAGUAUUUGUCCCUUUGGAAUCUGUUAAGCCCAGCAGCCUGCCGCCUGUUAUUGUGUAUGACCGGAACGGAUUCAGAAUUCUGCUCCACUUUUCCCAGACUGGUGCCCCCGGCCACCCAGAGGUGCAGGUGUUGCUGCUGACCAUGAUGAGCACGGCCACCCAGCCCGUCUGGGACAUCACAUUUCAAGUGGCAGUGCCCAAGUCGAUGAGAGCGAAACUGCAGCCCGCAUCCAGCUCCAAGCUCCCUGCCUUCAGCCCUUUGAUGCCUCCAGCUGUGAUCUCCCAGAUGCUGCUCCUUGACAAUCCACACAAAGAGCCCAUCCGGUUACGGUAUAAGCUGACAUUCAACCAGGGUGGACAGCCGUUCAGUGAAGUGGGAGAAGUGAGAGACUUUCCAGACCCAGCAGCCUUGGGUGCGGCCUAGCUCUCCACAAGACAGACUCUGCCUUUCAAGCUCAGGCUGAUGUCUCCUCUCUGGAUGGCACUCAUCAGUGAUGAUUCAGUGCAGAGUGCCAAGUUGAAACUGACUUCAGCCUCUGGAUGCCAGCCUCAUACUCUGCAGACUAUGUGUGUGUGUGUGUUGGGUGAGGGGGGAGGAUAGAGCAGGGUUGGGAUGUGGACAGUGUGGGAAAUGCUAAACAGUUUUGAUAACCAUCUGCUAUAAUCAUACCUGUUCUUGCAUGUUGGUGGACAGUGAUAUCCCUCCCUCAAGUUGGAGGUUUUACAAGCCAAAGUUGUUUUUCCCCUACCCAUGUAUUUGUUAUCUUCUCAUUCAUCCACUCUGUGCCUUGUCAGCCUUUGAAAGUCUUGGUUUGCUCCCAGGCUGCUUUUCUCAGGGACCUUAAAAGGGACCUGGUUGGUCUUGGGGUGGAGAGUAUCUCCUGGGAUACUCUCUUCCGAGAAAGACCUUGUCUCCAUUUCCAUUAGAGCCUGCUGCUUGCCUGUGCUCGGUGCCAUCUAAACGGAAUGGUUUUUGUGCUGUUCCCCGGGCACGUGCUGCUGCCAGAGCAGAGGCCCACCCUGGUGGGCCAGUCAUGUCCUUCACCACUGUGCCUUAGAUUCCGUCACCCAUAGAGGGACCUCCAGGGCCAAGGGAAAGCAGAUGCCAGGGGUUACUUGGGCCUCAGGUUCCCUGGGUUUGGCAGCCUGUCGGGGCCCUUGCUCAGGACCCUCAUUUCCACCCUCAUCUUUCUCCACAAACAUUCACUUGUGACACAUGUCAGUCUUUGUGUUGCUAAGUCAUAGCUAACAGGCUCGCCCUUGCGAUCUGAGAUAGAGAACUAUGAUGCCAUGGGUAUAGAGAGCUUAGCAAUGAUGUGAUGGCUGAAUAUAGAAAGUCACUGAAUAAACAUCUGUGUAGCAAGUACACUUCGUGGGGUUUUGCAUGAGUAUGAGAUGCAUACUCUAUUGCACUUGGAGCUGGUAGACCUCAAGGAACUUACAGUUACUGAGGAAGUAAGGAAGACUUCAUGAAGGACGCGAAAGCUUAAGAACUGCUUCUGUGAAGAGAAGCUCCGAGGAGCUGAUCAAAGAUGGAAAAGAGGUGGAUAUUUGUCACUUUUGUGGUUUGAAGAAAAAAAUUCAGGCUUAUUAUCAACUAGUACUUAGUACCUACUCAGUACUGGGUGCCUUGUGCAUGUUUUACAAGUCCAGCUUGGUUUCACUGGUGAGAAGAAAGCUGUCUGCUGAUGUGGCCUGAUGGACUAAAGUCUGAGCAGCUCACCUCACUGGACAGGAUUCUACCUCAGAAACUGCAAGGCUCUGUUUGAGGCUCUUUGUAACAGUCUAAUCUUCACAGUCUAAUCUUUCAACCUCUGCAUGUAGCUGGUGGGGCUGGAGCUGUAAAAGAGCAUCAGGGUAUGCUAAUUUUUAAGCAAAUGUGAACACGUAUAAAGCAUGAAUUGAUGGGGUGGUUUCUUCCUGUGGCAUAAAUCACCUAGGAUUCAUUUUGAUCAAAAAUAAGUUUGAUGUUCAAAUGUUCUGUGUAGCUUUUCCAGGCUCUGUAGCUGUUUAUAGUCAAGAGGGACUGACUCAUGGUGGUGGCAGGUCUACCUACAAAGAAUUUGCAUCCACAUGUGUGAGUGAGACCGAUACAUGAAAGAGGCGACUUUUAUCUCAUACUCAAACGUGAGCUUGAGUGUGUCUAGACAUUCUGUAUUCUGGAAGACAACCCCCCCACCCCCCAGUGGUGGUCUGCUUUAGUAGAGUUGGGCAGGAUAGGCAGGUGUAUGUGUCCUAAAAGUGACCCUUGUUUGUUCUGCUAAUUAUCAGUUCACCCAUCUCGGAAAAAACAGCCCCUAGCUGUUCAGGUAGUUAUUCACCAACUUCCAGGAGCCAGGCACAGUUGUAGGCACUGGGGGUAUAGCAGAAAGUCCUGUCUUCCUGCAGGAGUGACAGAUCUGUAAACAAAGCCAUGCAUUCUCAAAUUUGUAACUUGACUCCAGAAUCAGGUAACUUCGUUUUUGUUUUUGAACAUAUAGGCAAAAUAAACUUUAAAACUG